AUGCGCCAAUGGCGGGAAACUGCUCCAUUGUCAACGAAUCUGAUCAGAAGGGCGCUUCAUAACUCGACCAUCGUUCCCGGAUGGCUUGUUGAAUUCUACAACUUUCAGAAGAAUUUGUUGUUCGAUCCUAUUCCAAAGGAAGCUCGGGAGCUGACUGGUGAAGCGCUAGCGGAGUAUGUGAACAAACAGCAGCCGUUUUUUAAGGCCAAGUAUUCGCCAAAUGUGGAGCGUCGUAUGGCAAGUUUGAUGAAUAUGAAAUACCUCGAGAAAGGCAAGCGUCAAUUGAAAAUGAAAAUGCCAGAAAAAGCCAUAAACAACGACACGCUUCCUGAAAGUUUCGACAGUCGGGAGCAAUGGAAGGAUUGUCCCUCUCUACAGUACGUUCGCGAUCAGUCACACUGUGGUACG